UAUCUAUCUACAACCAUCAAACCAGAAAUGGAAACGAGAGGAGGAACGGCAAUCUAUCCACAAAUUGUUACACUUUUCAUUUAAGAGGGCAACUGAAUUACAGAAUUGUCGCUGGAUACGCAAUUCUGAACCACAUUUCCGAAAUGUGCGGCCGAUACGCGCUGGCCUUGCGGCCUUCACAGAUCCGCGAGUUGUUAGAGGAUGACGACAUGCCGGUCGACGACGCCCCCGCCGACGAAGGCGACGGCGCGCCGCGGCAGAGCUACAACUUUGCUCCGGGCUACCACGGCGUCGUCUACCGCGCCGACGUGCCCGACCGUGGGGCAGGCACCGGCAGCUCCAGGACGGCUCACGCUGACCACAGCGGCGUCGAUGCCGAUGCCGAUGCCGAUGCUGCAGCCGACGACAAGCUCCAAACCCAAACCGGAGAGGAAGAAGAAGACGGCCGCCAGGCGCCCACCAAGCCUCACUACAAACUCCAAUCCAUGAAAUGGGGCCUCGUCCCGUUCUGGACCAAGAGAAACCCGGGCUACCCGUCGCUCCUCAAGACCAUCAACUGCCGCGACGACUCGCUGGCCACCCCGGGCGGCAUGUGGGCGAGCAUGAAGGCGCGCAAGCGGUGCGUCGUCGUCGCCCAGGGCUUCUACGAGUGGCUCAAGACGGGGCCCAGGGAGAAGGUGCCCCACUUCGUGAAGCGCAAGGACGGCCGGCUGAUGCUCUUUGCGGGGCUGUGGGACUGCGUGCGCUACGAGGGGGAGGAGCAGGGCCUGUACACGUACACGGUCGUCACGACCGACACCAACGAGCAGCUGAGGUUCCUGCACGACCGGAUGCCCGUCAUCCUGGAGCCCCGGUCUGACGCGCUGUGGAGGUGGCUGGACCCGGGCCGGAGCGAGUGGAGCAAGGAGUUGCAGGCCGUCCUGCGCCCGUUCGAGGGCGAGCUGGAGGUGUACCCCGUGAGUAAGGAGGUGGGGAAAGUGGGCAACGACUCGCCGAGCUUUGUGAUACCCCUUGCGAGCAAGGAAAACAAGGCCAACAUUGCCAACUUCUUUGCCAAGGGGAAGGGGACGGCGGCGUCGGCGGAGAAGGGGAAGAAGAAGGUCAAGGCGGAGGUGGAAGUCAAGAAGGAGGAGGAGGAGAAGGUGGGCCGAGACGACGAGGUGACGGAGACGACCAAAACGGUGGAAGAGUUGCAACAAACCGCGGACGGCGGGGGGAUGGGCACGCCGAGGAAAGGCGUCAAGCGGGAGGCGGAAUCGCCGCCUGUUACGAGCAAGGGAGAGCCGCCCGUUAAGAAGGCCUUAUUCGCCAAGCAGGAGUCGCCGGUCAAGGAAAAAGCGCAGACCCGACCCAAGAUCAGUGCCACGAGCAAUGCGGCCAGAAGCCCGGUCAAAUCCAAGACGCGGGCGGCGGACGGGAGUCAGAAGAUUACGAAGUUCUUUCGGAAAUAGCGCUUAGUCAGGGUGCGCUGCAAAGGGGUUUUGGUGUUGGGAACUUUUGGGAGGAAGGCGUUAUGGUUUUGCUACGUCACUUGCUUGCUCUGUUGGCUAAUUACGGAUAAUACCCUGAUGAUCACCCGGUAAGCAUUACGAAAUUGAAUAGGUUUCGUGGGUUUCGGGAAGUAUGAGAAAAUUGCGUGAAGAGAACAAACGCGGGUGUGUCCACAUCGCGACUA